AUGUGCUAUUCUGAUAUAGUUACGGAGAUUUUUGGAGAGACUCUCAACCCUAACAGUGCAUCAGAAUUGGGCGAGUCUGCUAUUUUAGCACCGAAAAAUGCGCAUGUACAGCGUCUCAAUGAUGUUGCUCUCGAACGCCUUUCUGUGGAGCGACCACAAGACGAACGCACUUACAAGAGUAUCGAUGAAGCCCUUUAUUCUGAGGGACAGAGCGAGCAGCUUUUCCAGCAGGAAUACCUGAACUCUCUCACUCCCACAGGCAUGCCGCCACAUGAACUACGUCUAAAGAAAGGAACGAUUGUUAUGCUACUUAGAAACCUCGAUGUGGUUAACGACUUUGCAGUGGAACAUGAAUGA